UGCGGACAGCGUCAGACGGGCCUAGAAUUCCCAAGCGGCACUCGAGGAAACGCCUCCAGUCACUCUCGUUGACGGACGAAUUCAACAUCGUUUGGCAGCACUUUGUCGUGCGCCCUCUCUGCCCGUCCUUGCGACAAACAUGCACUACAUCCGCUUCCUCAAGACGCCCAAGGUGCACGUCGAGAACGGCGCCGUCACCCUCAGCGCCGUCAUCACUCUCACCACCGACUUGGGAGAAACCUUUUACCCACACGACAUCCUGCUCGCCGCGAGUCUCCGCGAGCCUGACGACGAUGGCGACAUCUACCUCCGCCGUUCGCUGCAAUGGAAGAAAGACAUGCGUUCUCUGAACAUCUCCCUCGACCUGACGCGCACAGAGAUCGACUGGCCUGCCAGACUCCAUGUCCACACAAAAGCCAACGGUGCCAUGGCCGAUAGCUUCGAGGAACACCACUCCCGCGGCCACUUGCCAGGCAUCAUCUCCGUCUGGAGCGAGUCUUUGGACCCCACCAAGGGCAUCUUCGAGACCCGCAGACGCGUCGAGCGCCGUUUCACUCCUUUGACAGGGCGUACCUUGAACAUGUACGAAGACACUGGCGAGAGCAUCGCCCGCCAUCUGUGGGACGGCAGUCUUGCUCUGACUGCCUAUCUUGACCGUGUCGCCGCUCUCCGCUCUGUUCACGAGGCACCCCUGCUGGAAAGUGUCCUAUCCUCCGCCACAUACAGGAAACUGAAUGUACUGGAACUGGGUUGUGGCUGCGGUGUCGUCGGUAUCGGCCUCGCUCAGACCGUGCCAGACUGCGAUGUCCUCCUCACCGAUCUGCCCGAGGUCGACGAAUUGGUCGAGCGCAACAUCGCAGCUGCCAAUCCCGCAAUGUCGUCCAAUAUUGACUUUGCUGCCUUGGACUGGGAGGCACCAUUACCACCAAAAGUCUCCUCUCGCGCCUUUGAUCUGAUCUUGGUCGCUGAAUGCAUCUACAACAGCGACAGCAUUCCCCCCUUGGUAGAUACGCUCGAACGCCUCGUCCAGCGCUCACCAAGAGCAGUCAUCCUCAUUUCCACAAAAGUUCGACACGAGAGCGAAGCCAUGUUCUGGGACCUGUUCCGUUCAAAAGGCUUCAAGCAAAAGUCACAAACCUCGCUACCAGUUCCUGGAGAACCUGGCUACGGCUACGGCGACUCGGCAAGCGCCGUCGACAUCUACAUCUACCAAGGUCCGAACCCACGCACAAGUCACUCGCCCUCCAGCUCGAAACCAGUCAGUCCUGCGUAAGUUAUAACAUCAUGGCACGGAGUUUCAACGAGAUUCACAUUCAUCUCUGUUCUCAAAGCAAGUCAUUGGGCGUUUUGUGUCGUUUUAGUACAGCGCUCUUCAAAGCGUGUUUCAUCUCGUCAUGCAUUACCGGAUGCAAGGCGUUUCAGGCGUGCUUUGCAACGAAAAUGGAAGACGAGAAAGGUUGCGCGUGGCGUCCAAUUGUCGGAUAUCAAAAGGCGCAAGGAAUCCCCCACCCAUAUUUUUCAUGACCUUUCCUACUCUAUUCCCUUCAUGAUUAAAUCUCAUGAGAUCGUACCACUAGAAAAAAGACAUUCACAUCAUCUCUAUGAUCCGCGGUUCAUCUCUUCUUCACCGAGAACAUCUUUAUUCGUACACCUAUAUCCAUAAAAAGCGUCAACCUCUCCACGAGACCUCUCCUACACGACUCGCGUUUCAUGUGUUCAAUUUCCGAAACAGCGACAAAACAG